CAAAUCUAAAAUGCAGCAGAACAGAAGCUGUUCAUUCCACUCUCAUACUCUAAACUAAAUCACAGAAUCCUAUCCAUCCUAAGGUUAAAAUGAAAGGAUCACACAUUGCUUUGUUCACUUUGUUUGUGCUGCUUAUGGCUGAAGUUGAAAUGUCAAUGGCAACAGUAACAUGCAGCCCAGUACAACUGAGCUCAUGUGUGAGUGCAAUCACCUCGUCAACUCCUCCAACUAACCUAUGCUGCUCCAAGAUCAAGGAACAGAAACCCUGCCUCUGCCAAUACCUCAAGAAUCCUUAUCUCAGGAAGUUUGUCAGCUCUCCCAAUGCCAGGAAAGUUGCUAACACUUGUGGCACUCCCUUCCCAAGGUGUUAAGUGUUAAAAUUGGAAAAAGGUUCUCCUAUUCUGCAUUAUAUUAUAUGCAUCUUGGUGCAAGUGUUCUGGCCAGAGACUACAAAAAAUUAUAUGGUAUUUGGUGUGGUUUGAUUUCUAUAAGUUCUAAUAUUUGUACAAGUACUAGUCCUAAUUAAUGUGAUGUUUGGUCUCAUGUCAUUCCAUUUCAGUUCUUUGGUGUGCUGUGCUGUCAUCUUACAUUAGUUGUUGCAAAAGGCUGUAUUUAUAAUUCAAUGCAGUAUCAGAUCAUGGUUACUUCCUAA